CUUAAUCCGAAUUACCAUGAACCACCACCUGCACAGCCUACGGAGGAUGAGGCAAACUUUUCUGAAGAACCAAAGCUGAUGAGUGCUUCUUUGGUGAAAGCUGCUAAGCAGUUUGAUGCAUUGGUUGCAUCGCUUCCAAUAUCCGAGACAGGUGAAGAGGUACAACUUAAGCGGAUUGCAGAACUUCAAGCUGAAAAUGAUGCAAUAGGCCAAGAACUUCAGAAGCAAUUGGAAGCUGCGGAGAAAGAAUUAAAUCAAGUUCAAGAGUUGUAUAGCCAAGCAACAGAUAAUUGUUUGAACUUGAAGAAACCGGAUAUCAGUUAGUUGUUUGCUGGCAUAGCUCGGAGAAGAAUCACAAAUAUGAGCUUAUCUCAUCUCGACUCCAACCA